CUCGCAAUCGGCAAAACAAGGACGGCAGUAUAAAGUUUCACUCUCCCGUAGCUACGGGAACACUUCUACGUUAAAACCCCCAUCUUCGGACACUCUCAUUUUCUCACCAUGGCUCAGUCAAGCCUCGACGUGAUGGGCUUCCAGCACAUAAUCAACAAAUCAAUCGAUGAGCUCGACUCGGUGCUUAGAGAUAUCAACAAAAAGAUCCACGAAAAUCCCGAGCUAGGCUACUCAGAAUUUAAAGCCCACGACAACAUAGUUUCACUUUUAAGAGAUCAAGGCUUCGCUAUUACGCCCCACGCCCACGCCCUAGAGACGUCCUUCGCUUGCUCCUACGGAAACGGUGGACGGAUCGUCGCUUUCAAUGUUGAAUACGACGCGCUUCCUGGUAUCGGCCACGCCUGCGGACACAAUCUCAUCGCCACAGGCUCCAUAGCAGCAUUCCUCGGUCUUGUCGCGGUCCUGAAAAGUAAUCCUUCCCUUGAAGGCACCGCCCUCCUACUCGGAACACCCGCGGAAGAAGGAGGCGGGGGCAAACUCAAGCUCAUUGCUGCCGGCGCGUACGAAAAUGUCUCAGCAUGUCUUAUGACACAUCCAUUCUCUGCCCCCGGAAACGUAACAUACGGAUCCUGCAUGGCGAGUUCAAAGUUCAGGGCCACGUUCACGGGGAAGGCAGCUCAUGCUGCGGUGGCUCCAUACGAAGGUAUCAAUGCCCUUGAUGCCGCGGUGCUCGCUUAUAAUGGAACAAGUAUGUUGAGACAACAGAUCAAGCCCGAUCAGAGAAUUCAAGGUGUGUUGCUUGAGGGUGGAGAGAGAGCAAACAUCAUCACGCCCAAGAGUGUGCUGGAUUACAAUGUCCGGGGAAGCACCCUAGGAGAGACGAAGGAUUUGCAGAAAAGGGUGGUAAAGUGUUUUGAAGGAGCUGCGAUUGCUACGGGAUGCAGUGUUGAGUUCCUGGAAACAAAUACUUAUGCAGACCUGAGACCAAGUCGAGCUCUUUGUGUUGCAUUCUCCGAAGUCAUGAAAAGUGUUGCUCCAGAUCACAGCUGGACUGUUGGGGAGACACCCGAACCAGGAGCAUACUCAACCGACCAAGGCAAUGUCUCGCACAUCUGUCCUAGCUUUCAUGGCGUUUACGCCAUUCCAGUAAAGGACAAUGCAGUAAACCACACACCUGGGUUCACGAAGGCUGCAGGAACAGAUGACGCCCACACACUCACAAUCUUGACAAGUAAGGGGAUGGCUGGUGUUGGAAUGAGAGUCUUAUUUGAUGAUGCAUUUGCAAAGAUUGUUAAAGAUCAGUUUGAGGAGGCGCAGAAGGCUGAGGACUGGAGCCGGUGAGGAUUAUCAUUCAUUACUGCCCUAAAUUGCGAAAUAACCUUGCGAAGACGUUCUUUUCUCGUACUCAAAUAAUAGUUGGUUUUCUUUAUGAUAUCGAACACCUUACACCUAGCAAAAUGAUAAUGACAGCCUCUUGACCCUUG